GCCGGGGACGCCGCCGCGCGCCAGUUCGAGAUGGCCAUCAACGGCAAGCUUUGGAGCAAGGCGCCCUUCACGCCGCAGCACCUCGUGUGCGACGCCUUCUUCAACAGCGAGGCCCACCGUGGGUUCGGCGGCGACUACAACAUCACCCUCAACGCCACGGCCAACUCCACGCUGCUGCCCACCAUCAACGCCGCCGAGUUCUUCUCCGUCGUCUCCAUGACCAACGUCGCCACGGACUCCAAGGAUGUUGCCGCCAUGGCUGCGAUCAAGGCCAAGUAUGAGGUGAAGAAGAACUGGGCGGGUGACCCGUGCGCUCCCAAGACUCUCGUGUGGGAAGGGCUGAACUGCAGCUAUGCCAUUUCAAUGCCUCCAAGAAUCACAAGAUUAAAUAUGUCAUUUGGCGGUUUGAGCGGCGGCAUACCAUCUCAUUUCUCCAACCUCAAAGCAAUCAAGUAUUUGGACUUGUCGUACAACAACUUUACAGGACCAAUUCCUAAGGCUCUUUCAGACCUACCCUUCCUCGUUGUGCUGGACUUGACUGGCAACCAGCUUAAUGGAUCCAUCCCCUCUGGGCUUAUGAAGAGAAUACAAGACGGCUCCCUAACUCUAAGAUACAGCAAAAAUCCAAACCUUUGCAGCAACGGCGGCUCUUGCGAGCCCACCAAAAAGAAUAGCAAAUCCAUGCUUGCCGUGUACAUUGCUGCUCCAAUACUUGCAGUUGUGGUGAUAGGAGCACUGGCAGUGCUACUUCUUCUCAUAAUGACAAAAAAGCAAGGAUCAAGAAAGGGCAGUGUGAAGCCA